AAACGCCCAGUGGGCCUGCAGCCUUGAACUUGGCCAUUGGAUAAGGCUCCAACUACCGACAGUUUUCCGAGUAACAGAUGCAGCCGCAGAUUGCGAAUUAAUGAGCAAAUCUGCUUCUCAAACAGCUGACUGCAUACAGAGACCCUGCUGGUUUCUCGUUUCUGGUUUCUGGGUUCUGGAAACGGGGUUGAGUAAGGUAGUCGCUGCACUUGCUCCUUACGACGGGCAGCCGUUCGUCAUGCGCAUGCAUGGUAAUCGUGAGGACGGUCCAUUGACCGCACCCUACACUUCCCGCACAGAGUGUGCUUACCUGAACGAGCAGUGUUCCCGGGACCCGGAAAUAAAUUGAAUCGAAUCCGCAAAAGCAAGAAUAGACCGUGG